AUGGCUAGUUUUGAUAUUCCAACUAUUGAUGUUUCUCCAUUUUUUAGAUUAGAAGAAAAUGAAGAAGUGAAAAAGAAGGCUAUUGAGCAAAUAAGAGAAGCUUGUGUUAACUAUGGUUUCUUCCAAAUUGUGAAUCACGGAAUUCCUUUGGAGUUGUUGAGCGGAACCAAGGAUAUGUAUAAGACUUUCUUCUCUUCUUCAGAUGAAGAAAAACUCGUGGUGCCUUUUUAUAAUUAUCUUAAAAGCACAAAGAAUUCAUCUGGGACUUACGAGCAUUUGCUGUUUCGUUUUCCAUUCAAUGUCUUCCCCAACAUUCCACCUCAUCUUAGGCAAGUAUUGGAGGCGAUUGUUUCCCAUUUCACAAAAUUAGGAGUUGUGUUGGAAGGAAUCAUAAAUGAGUGUCUUGGCCUCCUUCCUGACUUCCUACCAAACUAUAGAAAUGAUCGUUCUCAGGAUUCAUUGCUCGGUCUCCACUACUUUCCAGCGAUAGAAGAUGAUGACAACACAGGAAAAACUGCACAUGAAGAUCCUGGCUGCUUCACUAUUCUCUACCAGGAUGAUGUUAGAGGCCUUGAGGUGCACAAAGAUGACCAAUGGAUUCCCAUAGCGCCUUCCAAAGACAAACUUAUUGUUAACAUUGGUGAUGUGAUUCAGGUGCUAAGCAACAAUAAAUUCAAGAGUGCAACUCACAGAGUGGUGAGACCAAGUGAAACAAACCGUUACUCGUACGCUUUCUUCUAUAAUGUGCAUGGAGACAAGUGGGUUGAGCCAUUACCACAAUUUACAAAGGAAAUCGGAGAGUCACCAAAGUACAGAGGAUUCGUGUUUGAAGAAUAUCAUCAGCUGAGAAUCAAAAACAGGAGUCAUCCACCAGAUAGACCUGAAGAUCUCAUCCAUAUAACUCACUACUCAAUUUCUAAUUAG